AUGGGUCUCCGGAUCUGCUGGUGUAUUUUGUUGCUUCUUCUUGUACCCUGUUUCGGUGAUAAUGAUUGCCAAACGCAAAACGGUGCUCUGCUAACCAUGCUGCAAGCGGAAGUUGAAUUCUUAGCAAAGGGAAUCCAAGAGAUGUCUUCGUACACAAAAAACAUCGUUUGGAAUACAAUGCGCAUGGAGAUGCGUGUCAAUCAGCUUCAAAAGGAAAUCAUUGCAUAUCAGCAGAAAUCGGCAGCUAGUGCGGUCCAAUCGAGCCAACUGCACGUAUCGUCAUCGAUGUCCGGCGCUGCAUCAAUGACGACUGGUACAACAUCGGCAGGAAGUUCUACAGCCGGCACGAGUAGCUGCACUCUUCGUCAGGUGUUGCUUGAUCAGUUGAAGGAUAACGCUUCGAUUGAGAUCAAAAUAAACCCGGGAAUGGCUAGCCCAGGACCAGGAAAACAGACUCCCGGCGAUCAAGCAAUCGUCAGUGCAGCCCAAAUAUCGUCCUGCUCCGAGGCGAGUAAAACCGGCAUUUACAAGCUGAAACUCGUAGGAAAUACGACCGCGGAUGUGUUGUGCGACGCCGAGUACGAUAAAGGAGGAUGGGUUGUGAUACAAUAUCGAUUCAAUGGUUCCGAGGAAUUCUACCGAAACUGGACGGACUAUCAGAAUGGUUUCGGAUCACUGAGCGGUGAGUUUUGGCUGGGUAAUGAAAUCAUUUAUCAGCUGACCGUGGAGAAGCCUCGCGAAAUUGCGUUCCUGAUGGAGGACUUUGAUGGCGCAAAGGGAGUAGCUCGGUACGCGACGUUCAAGCUGGGUGACAAAACCGAAAAGUAUCCGCUCAAGAGCUUGGGAACGUUCAGUGGCGGGGCGGGGGAUUCGUUGAGCCGUAAUGUGGGGUCGAAAUUUAGUACGCACGAUAUGGAUAAUGAUAAGUCGGGGUCACAUUGCGCCCAGCUGUAUGCCGGCGGAUGGUGGUACGACGAUUGCCAUCUAUCGAACUUGAAUGGACAGUAUAUGAAGGGCACGACAACGGUGUACGCCAAGUCGAUGUGUUGGAGCUCGUUCAAGGGAUUCUAUUACUCUCUCAAAUCGUCACGCAUUAUGGUACGUUUUUAA